AUGCUUGACAUCUUAGAGCUGCAACAGGAAAUAUGUGGACAUGUGGAUGAGGCUGGUGUGAUGCUGGUACCCUACCAGUUGAGAGAGGACCGGGGUUGGGCUCUGGACCUGGAGGAGCUGCACCGAGCUUUGAAGACAGCCAGGGGGCGCUGCAAACCCAGAGCCAUUUACAUCAGCAACCCAGGAAACCCCACAGGUUUUGUGCAACACAGGAAAACAAUAGAAGAAGUGAUUCAGUUUGCUGCAGCUGAGAGACUCGUCCUGCUGGCUGAUGAGGUACACCAGGACAGCGUGUAUGGACAGGGCAGAGAGUUUAUUUCCUAUAGGAAAGUGCUGUUUGAGAUGGGAAAAGAGUACUCAGAGACAGUGGAGCUGGUCUCUUUCCACUCUAUAUCCAGCGCCUGCAUGGGAGAGUGUACUCUGUAUAUGGAGAUAAUUAACAUGGACCCAACAGUAUUUAAGUAUUUAAGAAAUCUGCUGGCUUACCUCAGCCCUACAGUUUUACCACAGCUUGUUCUGGAGAUCAUGGUCAACCCACCCACACCUGGAGAUCCUUCCUAUAAAACAUACACACAGGAGAUUCUUCUCACUCAGACCACUGUGGCACAAAAUGCUCAGCGUGCUUGUGAGGUCCUGAAUGAUCUACCGGGGAUGAGCUGCCAGCCAGCGACAGGAGGGAUCUUUCUUUAUCCUCGUCUUCAUGUACCACCGCUGAUGAUAGAAGAGGCCAAGUCGUUAGGAGUGGAGGCGGACGUGCUUUACUGUCAGAGGUUCCUGGAAGAGGAAGGUGUUUGUUUGGGAGCAGGCUGUGAGAACGGACAGGAAGAUAAGAAGUAUCACAUCAGGUUGUGUGUUUUGGCUCCUCCUGUCACCAUGGAGGAGGUCUUGGCAUGCCUUCGUUCUUUCCACCUGCGCCUGCUGAGCUGAUUUCCCUGACAGAAAUGUCAAGGACACAGACUUUGGGGAAAAAUGAUCAAAGCAUGUUUUACGUGGUUUUCUCCUACUGAUAGUAAGACUGUCCUUUACUGUGAACCGUUUAAA